CACGAGGCAGCCAGCGCGGCCAUGACGACGGAGAAGGCGCUGCCUCUGGGUAACGGGAAGGCAGCUGAGGAGACGCGGGAGUCUGAGGCGCCGGGGGACAGCGGGGGCCCGGCGACCGCGCGCGACCCCCGCGACAAGCGCGACAAGGCAGUCCACGAGCGCGGCCACUGGAACAACAAGGUGGAGUUCGUGCUGAGCGUGGCCGGGGAGAUUAUCGGGCUUGGUAAUGUGUGGCGCUUCCCUUACCUGUGUUACAAGAACGGAGGAGGGGCAUUCCUGAUUCCCUAUGUGGUGUUUUUUAUUUGUUGUGGAAUUCCUGUUUUUUUCCUGGAGACAGCUCUGGGACAAUUCACGAGUGAAGGUGGCAUUACAUGUUGGAGAAAAGUUUGCCCUUUAUUUGAAGGCAUUGGCUAUGCAACACAGGUGAUCGAGGCCCAUCUAAAUGUGUACUACAUUAUCAUCUUGGCGUGGGCCAUUUUCUACCUGAGCAACUGCUUCACCACUGAGCUCCCCUGGGCCACCUGUGGACAUGAGUGGAACACAGAUAAAUGUGUGGAGUUCCAGAAACUGAACGUGAGCAACCACAGCCAUGUGUCUCUGCAGAACGCCACCUCUCCUGUCAUGGAGUUUUGGGAGCGCCGGGUCCUGGCCAUCUCAGAUGGGAUUGAGCACAUUGGGAAUCUCCGCUGGGAGCUGGCCUUGUGUCUUCUGGCAGCCUGGACCAUCUGCUACUUCUGUAUCUGGAAGGGGACCAAGUCCACAGGAAAGGUUGUAUAUGUCACCGCGACCUUCCCCUAUAUUAUGCUUCUGAUCCUCCUGAUCCGAGGGAUCACAUUGCCUGGGGCCUCUGAAGGCAUCAAGUUCUACCUGUACCCUGACCUCUCCCGGCUCUCCGACCCACAGGUCUGGGUAGAUGCUGGAACGCAGAUCUUUUUCUCCUAUGCCAUCUGCCUGGGUUGUCUGACUGCUCUGGGAAGUUAUAACAAUUAUAACAACAACUGCUACAGGGACUGCAUCAUGCUCUGCUGUCUGAACAGUGGCACCAGCUUUGUGGCUGGCUUUGCUAUCUUCUCGGUCUUGGGCUUCAUGGCAUAUGAGCAGGGGGUGCCUAUUGCUGAGGUGGCAGAGUCAGGCCCCGGCCUGGCCUUUAUCGCUUACCCCAAGGCCGUCACCAUGAUGCCUCUCUCCCCACUGUGGGCCACCUUGUUCUUCAUGAUGCUCAUCUUCCUGGGCCUGGACAGCCAGUUUGUGUGUGUAGAAAGCCUUGUGACCGCCGUGGUGGACAUGUACCCCAAAGUCUUCCGGAGGGGCUAUCGGCGGGAGCUGCUUAUCCUGGCCCUGUCGGUCGUCUCCUAUUUUCUGGGCCUCGUGAUGUUAACAGAGGGAGGCAUGUACAUCUUCCAGCUCUUUGACUCCUAUGCCGCCAGUGGGAUGUGCCUUCUCUUUGUGGCCAUCUUUGAGUGUGUCUGCAUCGGCUGGGUGUACGGAAGCAACCGCUUCUAUGAUAACAUCGAAGACAUGAUUGGCUACCGGCCGUUGUCCCUCAUUAAAUGGUGCUGGAAGGUUGUGACCCCUGGGAUCUGUGCGGGCAUCUUCAUCUUCUUUCUCGUCAAGUACAAGCCUCUCAAGUAUAACAACGUCUACACCUACCCUGCCUGGGGCUAUGGCAUAGGCUGGCUCAUGGCCCUGUCCUCCAUGCUCUGCAUCCCCCUCUGGAUCUUCAUCAAGGUGUGGAAGACAGAGGGGACACUGCCUGAGAAAUUCCGGAAGUUGACGCUCCCCAGUGCUGAUCUGAAAAUGAGGGGCAAGCUUGGGGCAGGCCCACGGACGGUGAUGGUUAAUGACUGUGACACCAAACUCAAGGGCGAUGGGACCAUUGCAACCAUCACAGAGAAGGAGACGCACUUCUGAUGUCCACCUGCCACCUCGGACCCCACUGCUUCCUCCUCCUUCCCCAUGUGUACAAAUGAAUACCUGAGAAACGUACUUCACCUAAUGAUAGAGGCUUGCUCAUUUUGCACAGGACUUAUUAACAAGUUAAUUUUAAGGUGGUUGUGUACACUUUGGUUUAAAGUCACAUUCCCCUCCUCACCCCCAGUUAUCAUGUAAGUAACAUUAUGAGUUAAUAUUGUACAGGGACUAGCAGAAUCUUUUUGUGCUAGGACAGUUUUAACCAGUAUUUUCUAGGGGUUAAGAAGAAAUGUAUCAUAUGGUCAAACUUUUAUACUUGGGCUGUGGGCAGGUGGGGUGGGAGCGAUUCCUGUCCUCCUCUGUCAGCCUUUUUAAUCAACCAGUCCAUGUCCCAUCUUUGUUCCUGACCAUCGCUGCUGCCCCUCCUUCACAUACCCUCGUGGGGGUGGGGAGCUUUUCCUUCAAACCCUCCCUUCCCCAUCCCUGACCUCUUAGCAGUGGGUUUGCAGACAGCAAGGCUAUGUCAGAGAAGAAAAAGUCCCACCAGAUUCAGGACUCCUGGGUUGCAGGCGCCCAUCUACCCUGACCCUAUUUAGUGAUCUUGGGCACUCCCUUCCACUCCCUGGGCCUCAGUUUCCCUGUCUCCUACAUGGAAGGGUCGGAUCAGGUGAUCUCGAGGUCCUUCCUGGCCUGGCAGCAUCUCUUGGGGAUUCUCAUUGCAUGCCUUGCUGGCUUGCAGGCCUGCCCUUCAUCUUGGAUUCUUCUGGAGACUCUUAGGCACUCAUCCUUGUACCCACCCUCCACCUGCCUAUUUUAAAUCAAGUUCAUCAUGAAAACAAUGUGGUGGCAACAGCGUUUUCCCAAAACUCUCAUUUGAUUUCAUCUGUGAACACUUUCUUCCCUGGAGACCAGCCAGGUCCUGGCCCCCAUUCAGGCCCCUCCUACACUGUCUGCUCUCACCCUCAGCUCUGCCUCUCCAUCCUCGGUGGAGUUUGCUGGAAUUGGCUGGGCGCUGGUUUUCAGGCUUAGGAAGCAGCUUCUGUCGGUGGCUGUUUGUCCUGCACCUGUCCCAGCCAGGAUCUGCAUUGUAGAACUUUCCACCAGCCUCUCAGGGGAAGGAGCUACAGGCAGGCCUGGAGCCUGGUUUCAUCCUCCAGCUCCUUCUUCAUGCCCCUGCCACGUCCUCUCCCUCUGGCUGUCUCAGACCCUCCCUCCCCUGCCAUCCUGACACCUCUCCAUCUCCAUCCUUUCUGUCACCAGCUUCAUGGAAGCUUCUCCCCUAUCCUUUUUUCGGGAGCCAUCCCACCGGUGCCUCUCCCAGUAAGCGCCGAGAAGGGGAGACUGUGCUCCCUGUCCCUCCUCCCUGCAGGCCUGGAGUCUGCGAGGAGGCUGGGCCACUCAGACCUCUCUGGCUGGCCUGUCCUUUUUUUCUUUAAUUGGAUUUAACAUUAACCUUCUGCCUUGGAUUUUGCAUUAUUUGGGGACAGGGAAGGUACAUUCUUUAUCCUUUUCCUCUAUGUCCCCAAUGUGUUAUUUGGUGGAAAUGCAAGCUUUGUUCAGACUGAGGCUUUAGUUUCCUGUAAUAAACCUGUAUGUUUGAUUCACCCAAAAGUUUCCAAACUCCCAGCUUCUCUGCUCUGGGCAGCUGCCCUCUGAACCUGAGUUUGCUGGGCGGGAAGUCCAAUGCCGUCCAGGCAGGUGGGACACCAGGUUCUGGUCCCCCUUUUGCACGCACAGCCCAGGCCUGCCCAGCCUCUCCCUGAGCUCUUUGAUCUGGUGGACCCAGGAAAUGGACUCAGGAAGAUGAAUGUUCAACUGGGCCCUCUGCUCCUGUCUGUCAUUGUCUGCUCUUCCCCCAACAGGUCCUGGGGAGGCAUCUCCCCGCUGCUGCUGCUACUGGUUCUCCCCCCACCCUGACAGCUCUCACAGAUGCACAGCCCCGCAGCCUUGCCUGGCACACACUGCAUUGUACAUACAUGUGGCACUUAACAUUCCACUCACUGAACACUACUAAUGGGGCAGGGCAGAGGGCGGGCCUUUGUUCUUUGUUUUUUGUAAUUUCCUACUAGUAUUUGGGUAACUUUGGGGGGUGGGGAGGAAAAUGUGGGGCGGAGGAAACAUCAUUGUGAAGACUUUUUUGAUAUUCAUUAGAAACAAUACAUCCUUUCUGAGGUAUUUACAGUAUUAUUAAAAAUGAAAAAGGUUGUACUGUUUUGCAUAAUGAACGUUUUUAUUGGGUAUUCAAAGGGCACAUGGUUGUCUGCUUACUCAUUUUUAAAAAUUAAAGGAAUGAACAAACUA